GACAUUUUAGUCUGCUAAACUAGCUGCUAGGUAAUUCCACGGGAUGUCGUGAGCUACCAGUCACUGUUAUUCUUGACCGUUAUAUUUGAAGAGUUUAAAUUGCAAUACAGUGUGUAUUGCCGUUAGCAAGUUGGAUAGCUACAUUGACUAUCAAUUUGACCGUCUUGUCAUGGCCUUGCGUGAAAAAUAAUCAAGCUGUGAUUCCCCCGACUGCGCGAGCUCACUGGUUAAACUCAGUCUACAAAAUAUAUGACUCUGUUUUAGCUAACGUUAGUUUGCUAGCCAACACGAUUAGAUCAAAGAUUACAUGAUCAGGGCAAACAUAAACAAAGGAAAUGUGAGCGUCCCCUCAGCAUGCUGUCAGCUAAACUCGAGACUGGCCUCGAGGCCCCCAAAAGGUGUGUGAUGUCGGGGGGGGAGGUGGAGGUGUACCUGUCCCAGGUUCAUGAUGGAAGCGUAUCCUCAGGGUUCCGGGCGCUGUACGAGGAGAGGCUCCUAUUGGACGUCACGCUGCUGAUAGAGGAACACCACUUCCAUGCACACAAGGCCCUGCUGGCGACCCAGAGUGACUACUUCCGGGUCAUGUUCACAGCAGACAUGAGAGAGAGAGACCAGGACAAGAUCCACAUGAAGGGGUUAACGGCUGCCGGCUUCGGCCACGUCCUGAGGUUCAUGUACUACGGUUCACUGGAGCUCAGCAUGGUCACUGUGCAGGAGAUACUACAGGCUGCAAUGUACGUCCAGCUGACGGAGGUGGUAGAGUUCUGCUGUUCCUUCCUGCUGUCUAAGAUCUGUCUGGAGAACUGUGCCGAGGUGAUGAGACUUCUGGAGGACUUCAGCGUGGGGGUGGAGGGCGUGCAGGAGCAACUCGACAACUUCCUGCUGGAGAACUUUGUUCCUCUGAUGAGCAAACCUGACUUCCUGCUCUACCUCAGCCUGGAGAGACUGCAGGCGUACCUGGACAGUGAUGCCCUGAGUCGGUUCCCAGAGAUAGAGCUGUAUGAGUCUGUCCAGGCCUGGCUCCGACACGACCGCCGCCGAUGGAGACACACAGACACUGUCGUCCAGUCUCUACGCUUCUGCCUCAUGACCGCCGCUAACGUCUUCGAGAAGGUGAAGACGUCAGAGUUCUAUCGUUACUCUCGACAGCUGCGUCAGGAGGUGGACCAGGCUCUCAGCUACUUCCACGACGUCAACGAGCAGCCACUGGUCGAGACGCGGUCCAACCGCAUCCGCUCAGUCCGACCGCAGACGGCCGUGUUCAGGGGCAUGAUCGGACACAGCAUGGUCAACAGCAAGAUCCUACUGCUGCACAAACCCAAGGUGUGGUGGGAGUUGGAAGGUCCCCAGGUCCCUCUCCGACCAGACUGCUUGGCCAUCGUCAACAACUUUGCCUUUCUGCUGGGGGGGGAGGAGCUAGGGCCUGACGGGGAGUUCCACGCCUCCUCUAAAGUCUACCGCUACGACCCCCGCCAGAACUCCUGGCUACGCAUGGCCGACAUGUCUGUGCCCAGGUCAGAGUUUGCAGUGGGGGUUAUUGGUAAGUUCAUCUACGCGGUGGCUGGGCGGACGCGGGAUGAGACCUUUUACUCCACGGAACGCUAUGACAUCACGGCAGACCGCUGGGAGUUUGUGGAUCCGUACCCAGUCAACAAGUACGGUCAUGAGGGCACGGUCCUGAAUGGUAAACUCUAUAUCACCGGAGGAAUCACCUCCUCGUCCACCUCCAAACAGGUGUGUGUGUUCGACCCGGGGCGGGACGAGGGGGGAGGGGUGUGUCUUUUCGACCCGGUGCGGGACAUGGGGGGAGGGGUGUGUGUGUUCGACCCUGGACGGGAGGCAGGGGGAGGGUUGUGUGUAGCAGGCUCUGCGGGAACGGGAACAACGGACACACACAGGACACGUUCAGCCCGUACUCCCCUCCUCCCCAACACACACACCAGCUGCUGGGAGAACAAGGCGAAGAUGAAUUACGCUCGCUGCUUCCACAAGAUGAUCUCCCACAACGGGAAGCUGUACGUGUUCGGGGGGGUGUGUGUGAUCCUUCGGGCGUCAUUCGAGUCACAGGGCUGCCCGUCCACGGAGGUUUACGACCCUGAGACAGACGAGUGGACCAUCCUGGCGUCGAUGCCCAUCGGGCGCAGUGGGCACGGCGUUGCGGUGCUGGACAGACAGAUCAUGGUACUGGGGGGCCUCUGCUAUAACGGACAUUACUCCGACUCCAUCCUGACCUUUGACCCCGAUGACAACAAGUGGAAAGAGGACGAGUAUCCCAGGAUGCCUUGCAAAUUGGAUGGGCUGCAGGUCUGCACUCUGCACUUCCCCGAGUACGUCCUGGAGCACGUCCGGCGCUGCAGCUGAGGUCUGGUUCAGUUCAGACACACCCCUUUAAGGUUUGGGAAUGCCCCCUUUUAAGACCGACUCCCCCUACAGGCUCCAGGAGUGGAGGUGGAGGAUUGGUGUUUACAGGUGUGACACUAACACUCUAACACAGAAGCUUUUCAACUAGACACAGACUGAGCUAAACAUGGCAUAGUAAUCUGUCCUCACGGGCAGAAAAUUGAGCUUUGCUAAUGAUCAGUGAUGGUGGGCAACUCAAGCUGAUCUGUUUCAAAAUAAGCUUUUCAGAAAAAGGGAAGAAUUGAGAAAAGAUUUUUCAUAAUUCAGCUGGUUUAUUUUGGACUGAGGUCAGUUUCAUAUUGUUGUUAUUAUGAUUCUGUUUCAGCCUACAGUCCUACAAGCCCUGUCUGACUGAACCAAUAAUGUGUAUAAACCCUGGAUGACUGACAGUGGGGUGCUGUAUUGAAGCCAUUUUGGUACUACAGUGUAAAAAAAGAUUUGGGAAGCUAUAGAAAUAAAAGUUUCAAUGUCUACGUUUUUUACUAGUAUAAUAUAUGUUAAUUAUGUGAACUAAACAUACAAAAAAAAGUUUUAUAAAAACAUAUUCCAUAAAGUAAGUGCUUUAGAGAGUACUAAUGUUACUGUCCCCACUACAACAAGGAAAUGCUUAAAUACAUGUGAUUUUGUCAAUUUUAUUGGCAAAUUAAUAGCAUCAGCAAUCCAGGGUUUAUUGACGUCAUUGGUCUGAACCAUGUCUGUCUGUAUGUCUCAACCAUGCUGUGUCAUGUUCAUGUGAUGUCAUGUAGUCUCUCUAAUAACCCUUUCUCUGAUGCCGCUUUCAAGACAACUGGGAACUCGGAAAUCUCCUACCUGUGACUUCAAGACGUGCGUUCAACACAACUGGGAAAUCGGGGGGAGCGAGCUCCGACUGGGAAAAAUAGUUUUGAACGGUCAUCUAACUCGGAAUGACCUUCCCAGUUCUCUUGAAAGCACCAUUAGUCUGUGGAGCUGGAGUGUGUGUGUGUGUGUGUGUGUGUGUGUGUGUGUGUGUGAUACAUGAAUGAGCAAAAUAGAAAAAAAUAUGCAUUCAUCAUACUAUUGGGAUUGUGAGAAAGAUGAUCAUGGUGAUGAUUUAGUGUUGUCAUGACUACACUGCAAUAACACUGUCCUGCUGACAGAGAGCCAUGUAACAGUUCAGAGGUCAGGGAUGACUGCAGUGUGAAGGUCCCCGUCUCUCUGGCAGUACUGUAUGUAAGAUUUCACUUUAUUUAUUGACGUUAACCAUCUGCUCUGAGUGUUGCUGUGGCAGACUACUGGAGGGUGUGUUAGAUUGUAGGAGUUGGCCCCAGAAAUGUACCAGAAACAACUUUUGAUUCAAAAAAUUAAAUAAGUUGAUACAGAAAAGGAGUUAAUAUUAAAUAUCAAUUUGAAAUAGGCUCAAAACUCCCAGUAACGCAUUAACUAUUUAUGCUUGAUCAUAUUUUGAGUGUUAAAGGUGAUCUGGCUAACUUAUGGAUCCUACUUUGUAAAGCCCUACCCUGGCUUAGUCCUGUCUGUCUGUCUGUCUGUCUGUCUGACGGGGCCAGCUGCAGCAUAUGAACCUGCUCAUCUCUCCUUCUUUUCAUGAGCAACAAUGAAAAGGGCUAAAGCACGUUCUUCUGCAGUUCUCUCUGUCAGCCAUUUUUUGUAUGUGUGUUUAUCGAGAUCCAUCCACCACCAGCUAACUGUGUGAUUGUGGUUGGGAUGUUGGGUUGAUGUGAUUGGCAUUGCAAUAGAGCAUAGUCUUUAUGAUACUUUGAGAGAGAGAUUGUGUCACUCUUUCUCUGAUUCCACAUCUCCCUCAUCUUUCACCCCUUUCCUCUACCCAGCGUCCUCUUGCCUGCACUCACGGCUCUAUUCAAUCAAACCUGCAGUGCAGUAUUUAUGCAGUAGCAUACAAACAUGUCUUUUCUCCCACAGUCAAAAAGUCACAGAGCGGUUUGUGGUACUGUAUAAAUACCAGGCAGACCCCCCUCACAGGCAGUGGCUUCAUUUGACAGAAUAAGAUGUGUGCUCAAUGUGGGCAGUAGUGUAUAAACAGGGACUGUUAACAUCACUAAGGCAGCUUAGAUGUAAUAAGGUAUUCUGUCAUCUCCCAUCUAUCUGUGUCUUUGUCUAUUUUCUCAUGUAAAAAUUACUAUGGAUAUCAUGAACACUUAGGCCCAGUUGGUUUUCCAGACGGUAAACCUACUUCUGCACUAAAAAGAAAUGCACAAUAGUGAACCUCCACUGAAAGUGUUUUUUAGUCCAGGAAUAGCAUGUGUCUGGCAAACGGGCCAAUAUUAUGCCAAACUUCAGUCUUUAAACAGCGGUCUCCCUCUGCUGGUCAACAUGUGUAUUACUCCUGCUGUUUUUAUUUGGGACGGGGCUUGUCUGUCUGUCAUAGCUCAGCAUUUAUAAUCAGCCCUCAGUCUCAGUAGGAUAAAAUGAUAGAAUAUGGUGGAUAGAAACUCCCUGUACGAUGACUAUUUCUAAAAGAAAAAAUAAAUGAGAUAAACAAUGUAUUUACUAUAAUCUGAGUAGACACUGCUAUUUCGAACAGUUUGUAAUUUAUAUCCAGAAAUAAAUGUUCAUACUGUUAAGCUUU